AUGUCGAGUUCGCUGCCCAUGUCGGGUACGGCACUUACCUCUGCCAAGGAGCGGCACUACUCGUACUUGGCAUCAAGAUUGGAUGCACUCUCUUCGACGAUGCAGCACACGCAGCACCACAUGUCCAUCGCGAGCGAACAGGCAGCUUACAUGAAGGACUUGGGUAUAGGCCAGGCAGCCAUUUUCAUGGCGGCUCUAGACCAGGUGGACCAUGAAAAUGAUCAGACAAGCAAAGACUAA